CCCACAAGGAUCGCUACAUAUAAAAGGCAGCCAGUAACCACAGCCUUCACACUUGCGAGUGGAGAGCAACAGAGAGGCAUCACAAGGCAGACCUAAUUCAGGUGGCACUGAACCUACGAGAAAAUGAAGAGGCAAGCGAUAAUUAUCGCGGCCGUGGCCCUAUUUCUGGGGGCAGAGGCUGGACUUAUCAAACCAUCUCCAGGAACAGCGGCUGAACAUAUCAAACCUCAGCCUGCACCAGACGCUGAACUUACGAAACCGAUACCAGAAGCAGACAACGAACUUCUGAAACCGGCUCCGGGAACAGGCGGUUCCCUCACAAGACCGGCUCUCGGAACAGACGGUUCUCUCACAAGACCGGCUCCUGGAUCAGAAGAACGCAAUGAACUAAUCAAACCGGCUCCGGGAGGUGAGAAUGAACUAAUCAAACCGGCUCCGGGAGGUGAGAGUGAACUAAUCAAACCGGCUCCGGGAGGUGAGAGUGAACUAAUCAAACCGGCUCCGGGAGGUGAGAGUGAACUAAUCAAACCGGCUCCGGGAGAAGACAAUGAACUCAUCAAACCCCUUCCUGGCACCGGCGGAGAAUUGAUCAAACCCCUUCCUGGCACGGACGAAGAACUCAUCAAGCCCCUUCCUGGUACAGAUGAAGAACUCAUCAAGCCCCUUCCUGGUACCGGCGGUGAACUCAUCAAACCCCUUCCUGGCACCGGCGGAGAACUUAUCAAACCCCUUCCCGGCACCGGAGGGGAACUCAUCAAACCCCUUCCUGGCACCGGCGGAGAACUAAUCAAACCCCUUCCUGGCACCGGCGGAGAAUUGAUCAAACCCCUUCCUGGCACAGACGAAGAACUCAUCAAGCCCCUUCCUGGCACCGGCGGAGAANUGAUCAAGCCACUCCCAGGGACCGGCAGUGAACUCAUCAAACCUAGUCCCGGCUGCGACCUCAUACAACCACAACCACUUCCAGGGACAGACGAAUCAGUUCCGGGGGCAAGGAAAGUCUUGCCGCAUCUUGUUCUGAGUGCUGUACUCGAGGAAGAAGUGAAAAAAGCAGAGAUUUCAGUCUCCUCCGCAAUCCAGAAGGACGCAAAACUAUACAGUUCGAUCCCCGCGGAAGCAGACCUGGCGCUUGACAACAUCUAUCUCAAUAUUGAUGACGACAUAUCAGUAGAACUUACCAACCUAAAGCUUGUGAACGCACCAGUCGUUGAUGUGGCAUCUGCGAAACCCAACCUCGAAUUCCUGAACCUGGGUCUAGACAUCGAACUAGGGACUCUUCAAGUUGGAGGAAAAUUCGAAAUUAUCAGCAAGAACGUCUUGGCUGAAAUUCCGGUCACCAGCUCCGGCGACUUCAUUCUGAGAAAUGCUGACGUCAAGGCUACUGGGAAAGUGGGUCUCUCACUUGAGGGAGAUUCCUUCAAGACCAUCAACUACGAUGUCCUGUAUAAACCAAUUGGAUCAUACCUUUCGGUUAGUUACGAAAGCGACAACAAGCGCGUCGUUAGUGGCUUUGCUGUAGGGAAGAAUGAGGCUAAGGUCGUCGACCGCAUUAAUCGUGAGCUGAAGAACCUGCUUAAUCGUCUCGUGAAGAAGCGACUCGACGACAUCCUGCAGACAAUGCCAGUGACUGAACUGAUCCGUGAAACCAGAACUGCAAGCUCCUACAGGCAACACGUAAGAGCUCUUAGAGCUCUGGUAAAUGAUUACGUGGAUGAACUUCUGCAAAGUGCGCAACUUUUUGUAGACAAUAACAACCUGAACGAAAUUUCUACUCCUGAUAUAGAAGCAGGUUUCUCAAAGGAGAUCUUGUGGAUCACGUGGCGCGGGCGUUUCGCAGCAAAUGACGGUCGAGCCAGAGACUUGGCUUCCCUCACAAGGACAGGAGACCUUAGUCUGGAUUAUGACAAAGACAGAGGAGCCGUCACAGUGUUCGGAAGUGUGGGACUGUCCCAGCUGGGUGUUCGAUACAGUUAUCUAGCGCAAUUCCAGGGCCUUGGGCCAUCUGGCUCCGUAGGGGCACAGGUCGGCCAGAACUCCAUCUUCUUUAAAGUAGACCUCGUCUUGGCUGUCGAGCCUGUUAUAGACCUCCAGGAUUUCCACAUCGAGUAUGCCAAGGACAUCAAAAUUGAAGUGUCAGGGCUUGGUAUCCUUGACUGGCUGGUAUCCAACAUUGCAACUUGGAUUGUUGGCGUGUUCAACGAUGAAAUAGUAGGCACUGUGGACGGACUCCUUCGAGAAUACGUGGAAGGAAUCCUGCCAUCCGUGGACCCCAAUAAAUACUUCGGAUAGGUAACUGAGCAAAGGGAAAAGACUGCAGUAGUAUAAAGUAGUGUGUAUUGUUAUGAUUAUCUUGUCUUAAAAGUCACUGUACUAUUAAAGUGGAAAAUAAAAAUGUAGAUUCAGCAAUUGAA